GAAAUAAAAUUAUAUCUGGCUCUGCAUGUACAUAUCACUCGAAAGAUAUUUCAUAGAGAUAUCAACAGAUAGAUAUCAAUAGUUAGAUAUUACGACGAAAUUAGUUAUAAUCAAGUAGCGGAAAGCUAUUUGCUGCGCACUUAUUGUAGAAAAUUCUUCUUCUUCUUUCUUGGCUUCACUUACAAAGUCGCAGUAUCACGUUGACUCUUUCACAGAAGAUUAAAUAUAACAAUCAUAUACCGGUUGCGUUAUAUAUAUUUAGUUAUUGUACCGUGUUAAAAAAAAGAAAUAUUUUUUCAACGAAAAAUCAAUGUGCGGAAAUUAAGAAAUAUUGAUGAUAAACUUUGACGAAUUUAUAAUAUAAUCAGAAAGAUCGCGGGACAGACAAAGUUAUCUACAAAGUAUGAAAAAAUGUCGCGCGUUUUUUAUAUUAUGUCCCCUGCUCGGGUUAACGGCUAUUGUCUGCGUAUUUUGGAGGGAACUGUCGAUGGAACUAAGAAGCGUCGCCUCAUCCAACCAACUUUACUGCUAUUGGAGCAGUUCCAAUGGUAUCGUGGAACUCGAGCAAGGAGAAUGGGAUAAAGAAAUGUUGAUACCAAGUAGAUGCAUAUUCUUUCACAAGACCAGUUGUUCACCGCCGUAUCUCACUCCUCGACAAGCGUGCGCCAUAGAAUCGGCAGCCAGGAGCAACCGCAAUUUGAAUGUCUUCGUGCUUUUCUUCGCAACCGGCCAGUUUUCCGAGACAUCUCAAGCGUUUGUCAAUAUCUUGCAAACAUACGACAAUGUGUACAUAAGGAGAGUAUGCUUGUCGAGAUACGUUAUCGAUACGCCGUUAGAAAAUUGGUUUCUAAUAAAUCUUCGAGAAUUUUCAGAAAAUCGCGAUUGGCUUUACAAAGGCUUUCAUGAUUAUAUCCGUAUGUUGACAUUGUGGAAGUUUGGUGGUGUGGUUUUAAAUCUAAACAGCAUAGUACUGACAUCUUUGGACGAGUUGACCAGUUUCGCGGGUGUGCAAAAUAAUCGAGAUACGGACGUCGGUGUAUUCGGCGUCGAUACGAGUACAAAUUUUGGCAACAAUUUUGUCAAUGCCUGUAUGGAAGUUAUUAAAAGUAUCAACCCGGACAGCUAUUCACAAUACAAUAUCACAAGAGUUAUAGCUGAAGUCCUGCAAAAAUUCUGUUAUCAGCAAGAUAACAGAGACUGUCGGCAGUUCACGAUUUAUCCACCGGAAAAAUUCUAUCCUGUGCUUCCUUAUCCACGAAAUAUGGACGAAAUUACGAAGAUAAUGAAAAACGCAACGACGAUUCAUUUAUGGACAGAUCACCAAAGCCAGAACACCAAUGUGGACGCUGCGGCGAAUUACAGAAUGAUCGUUAAACAGCAUUGCCCGAGGAUAUACGAGUAUUCUGGAAAUCAAUUUUAAAAUCGUAACAUUAGCAACACUGGUUAAUAUAUACAUAUUAUAAAAUAUAUGUAUGUGAAUUGUAAAUUAACAUAAAUAUGUGUUCUUCAUUAUAUAAAUUCUCGAUGUUUAUUCAAUAAAUUUUUUUAGAAAUACA